AUGAACUUAACAGAUUCUAGACGUUCAGGCACUCAGAUUUUGUCGGUGGUCCCAAGUGGACUGGUUUCUAUGAACACGGUACCUCUUACAAGUGACCAGCUUGCAUUAGGCAGAAGCAUAGACAAGUAUGAAAGAUUAUAUUUUGGAACUUUUCCUUUCAGCAUACAAGGAUUAUAUUGCUCUACUAUUGAGGAGCUCUACGGGAUCGCUGGAGGUGCAGUGAGGGCUAACAUAACUUAUUUCAUGUAUGAGGAUUGCUUUGGGCAAUUAGAUUUUGAUGUUUUUCUCUCAUUUUGCAAGGAGUUUCCAACAUUCAUGUCCUCUAUUAGUGAAGUAUCUUUCCACGGCCGUGCUUCACAAUUUUAUGAGUUGGCAGCAGUUGCUGAUAUUCACAACAUUGUCGAUUUAGAGUUGUAUGGUGCUUCAACUUUCACCAUGGCGCAAGCAAUGCCAAAUCUUGAGCAUUUGUAUCUUAACUUUCAAGGAAGGCACCCCGCAGGUAUCGAAUGUCUUCCAAAGUCUUUGAAAUCGUUGGUAAUUGACGAAUGUGGAGAUCCAAUUGGAAUUGAGCUUCCUCCAUUACUUGAGAGACUUGUGUGCCUUGAGUCAUACGGUGAUAUCUGGCAAACAUAUCCUGAAAGUCUUCAAUACUUAAAGUUCCAGGAGACUUACUUCACAUUUGAAAUGUGCGUGUUCCCUGAUCAACUUCAUGAGUUGUCGUUUUGGGAUUGUGGAAUUCAGUCACUUAACACUAUUAGAUGGCCACAGCAUUUGAAGAUAUUAGAUUUCAGGGAAAAUCCUCUUUAUACGUUAAUUGGUGCAGCAUUGCCAGAUUCUAUUGAAGUCUUGAAAAUUCUCUCCUGUUCCAUCUCGUCACUCGACGGUGUCGUGUUCCCUCGUAUGCUUAGAACACUUGAUUUGUAUGAUAAUGAGAUAUCAUCUUUUGAUGGAGCAUCGUUUCCUCCACAUCUUGAGGUAAUCAAGGUCUUGGAGCAGCAGGUUCAGACCUGGUCCAAGGGACCAUUCCCUGACACAUUAAGGGUGCUUGAACUUCAGACACUGGAAGAUCCAAAGAGCUUAAUAAUUCCAUUUGGGUUGGAGACACUCAUUCUCGUAUUACCAGAAUCAUUUAACGGGUCCUAUUGUGAUUUUAUGUUACCUUCUUCAUUGCAGGCGCUUUCAAUAUACGGAGGGUGCUCGACAGAAUUCGAGUGGAACCUUCCAAACCUACAAAUAUUCCAUAUUGAGCCGUUUAGAGGAUUUGUUCUGAUUCCUAACUCAGUCACUAACGUUGCAAUCUCUUCGCAAGAUGCUAGUUUAUUCCAGGAUUUAGUCAUUCCUGCUAAUGUGGAGAAUUUGGAAUUGACAUAUCCAGUAAACACAUAUCCUAGGCUAAAAAGUGUUCAGAACUAUAAGUAUGGUUAG